AUGGAAGAGGUGAAAUAAAAAUCGGCGGAACUCCUGAAUGGUCUUACGAAAACAGACUUCCAGCACUGCCUCGAGCAAUGGAAGAAACGAAUGAAACGAUGUCUGGCGAGGGGAGGGAAGUAUAUUGAAGGGGAGCAUUUGAAUGUAGAAUAACUUUUAUAAUAAAACACUUUUUCGUAACCAGUCUUGUUAUUUAAUAGCCACACCUCGUAUAUAGGGCACUAUGAUUAUAAAUUCAUAAAUUCAGAUAUAAAAAAUUGUGCUAGUAUUUUAGGCAAACAAUGUAAAGGGAGUUAAAUUUGUUGAUACAAAAAAUAAAUUAAAAGAAUACUUUACGUCUCACGCCAUGUCCAAAAUAUUAAAAUCUAAAUUACGAAAUCAAAGAUUGAUGUCCUUGGAAACAAUAGCCGAAUUCUGUUUCGAUAUGUUAUUCUUGAUCCAACAAUUUGUGAAUUUGACAAGAUUGAAAUAAUAUUAGAGUCAUUAUCACCAGAUUAUUAUAAUGUAAUUUCAUAUAUGAAUAACCAAACUUUAGAAGAUUUAGAGAAAAAUUUAAAAAAGUAGAAUAUUCAAAAGCAAUUAGUAAAAGUAUGGAGGUGAAGUCAAUUUUUGAACGCAAUAAUAAUUUUAGAAAUAUUUUUCAAAUUAAUAAUAUGAGGCAGGGAAGUAAUGAUUAUAACACUAAUAACAAUUUUAAUCAGUUUAAUAAUAAUAACUAUUCAAGAAAUCAAAAUAUUAGAAAUUUUAGUGAAGAAAAUAACUUAAUAAUACGUUUUAUUACUAAUAAUCCAAAAUUUAAUAACAAUUUUAAUAAUAAUAAACAUUUUAAUGGUUCCCAAAGAUUUGAGUGUAAUUAUAAUUAUAAAGACCAACAUUUUCACAGUAAUUAUAAUUAUUAUAAUACAAAUAAUAAUAAUUGUAAUAGAUGUGGAAACAAUUUUAACAAUGAUCAAAACAGUAAUAGGUAUAAUACGGUUUAAAACGGAUCAAAUAAUAAUAAUUCAGAUCGCAAUAAUGAUUUUUCGGGAAGAAAUAAUAGGCCAAGCUUAACCAUCAAGACGUUAAAGUAGAGAGAAUUAAUAUAAAUUAUAUUGGGGAAAAUUGAAGACGUGAAUUUACUGACGAAUAAAUUUGGCUCAAACCAAAAAAAUAACUGGGCAGAAGGAAAAAGUUAGGUAUUUUUCAAACCAAGUGAAAAAUCCUGACUAUAAAAUAACAGAAUACAAUCAAAACAUUGCUUUAUUACAAAACAUUAUAAAUGAGACAUAAAAAACAAUGAGUUAAUUUCGAAGUGUAACGUUAACCAAAGUGAUUGGGACUUUGACCCAGAUAAAUUUUUUGAUGAACAAGUCUUUCUUGAACGUUAUUAAAAUAUUAAUACAUAUAAAGUUACUAUUAAAGAUUUAAGUUACAAUAUUAACAAUGCAAACGGAUUCACAGUGAGCAACGAUCAUUUUGAUGAUAGUAGGAAAAUUAUAAUUACAACAUAUAACCCUACCUCAUUACCGACGACAUUUAAGCCUCCACAGGUUGUGGUCACUUUAAUCAUAGUUUUUAAUAAUAUACAAUUUCCUCUACAAUUUUUGGCGGUAAAUAAUUGAAUAGGUCCUACUUUAUUAGGCACGGAUUUUUUAAAAUUAUAUAAAGCAAAUUUAGAUUUUGGUAAUAAUCAAUAAGUAUUAACGAAAAAUAAUGGUUUAACAAUUUUGAAGUUCAACGAAAAAUCAAACAAGUUAAAUAAUAAUGAUACAAAUAUUGAUAAUAGAACUUUAAAUAAUUAUUAUAAUUCUAAUAUAGACGCUAAUAAUAAAAAUAAUGUAGAACAAAUAAUAGAAUCUAAAUAAUUUCUUAUAGCCAGAGAAAGUUGUAAAUUGAGGGAAGUACCUAGCUAUGGGUUUUGUGGUAUAUACACGCUGUCAGCUAGCAAUGCUAUCAUAUGAAGUAAUUUAUAUCACAACACAUAUAAUAGUAAAGUUACUAAAUAUAAGUUUGAAUAAUAAACCAAUUUGGUUAGAAGGUUAGAAGACAUUUCAACAGUUGUCAAUUAUUUUAAUUUCAAAUUAUUAAUUAUAUGUCUCAAUGUCGAAAAUUCAAACAAAAGUGCAGGCAGAGCAUUUUAUAAACCUAACAAAAAAAUUCUUUGUCAUUUUUUUCGAAAAUAAUCACUGGACACCAGGGUGUUAUGGUCCAAAAUGGGUGUAAUCCAAAAAAAAAUAUUAAAAAUAGAACCUAUACAUAUUUGAUUUUCUCUACAGACAUCUAGUUCGUUGUUAGAGGAAAGAGUAAAACUAGAAAACUUAAACCAGGAACAUGAUGAGUUACCACAAGUUAAGCAAGUGUUUUCAGAAAAACAAAAAUUUUAAUGAUUUUUCAAAACCACAUACUAAAUUCGAUAAAAUAAUAAAUAAUCUGCCAGAUAAUAACAUAGUAAACAAUGAAUUAAAUUUUGAUAUUAAUCAGAAUCUAACACCUACAGAAAAACAUAAAUUAUUAUUAAUUUUAAAUAAAUAUAAAUCGGUAUUUUUAAAAUCAAAAUGGGAUUUAGGAGAGUUUCACACUGAUCUAGUAGAUAUUUAAUUAAUUAAUUGUAUUUUUAUUAAAUUACCUAACUUUAAGAUCAUUAAAUUUGAACGAGAUGAAAUAAAAAGUCAAACACAAGAAAUGUUACUGGCUGAUAUUUUUGAACCCCCUAAUUCACAAUAUUCUUUUCCAAAUUGUUUAGUAGCGAAAGGGUUACCCCAAAGUACGCAUAAGAUUGAUACAUCAACUCAAUAUAGGUGGGUUUUAGAUUAUAGAAAACUAAACAAUAUUACUAUUAAGUAA